UAGGAAUUAGACCAAAGUUCCGAUCCCAAAGACGAAAGCCCGAAUCGCAAAUUGAUUCAAAAAGAGCGCGCACAACGCUGACCGUCCGAUCAUUCUGUGUACCGUCGAUUCAACUCCCCAAUGGCGGGUCGUUGCUCCGAAUUCUCCUUCUGCUGCUUCGCGCCACGUCGCCGACCACCCGCCAGCUUUGAAUCGCCUCCGUCCUCGGCCGAUCUCCGCCAGAACGGGGGCGAAGGCGAGCGGGAAUCAUGCCCGAGCUUCACCGAGUUCCGCUUCGAGCAACUCGAAGCCGCGACGUGCGGAUUCUCUCGGGAGAACAUCUUGUCGGACCCCGACCGCGCGGGCCUCGGAGUCCCGAGCGACGUCGUCUACAGAGGCGAGCUCGAGGAUGGCCGCUCGAUCGCCGUCAAGCGCUACGAGAGGGGCGCUUGGCCCGAUCCUCAGUAUUUCCUCGAGGAGGCGAAAUCGGUUGGGAGUUUGAGGAGCGAGCGUCUGGCGAAUCUGAUAGGAUGCUGCUGCGAAGGCGAUGAGAGAUUGCUGGUGGCUGAUUUCAUGCCCAAUGAGACGCUUGCCAAGCAUCUUUUCCUCUGGAAGACCUCGCCAAUGAAAUGGGCAAUGAGACUGCGGGUAGCAUAUUAUUUGGCCCAAGCGUUAGAGUACUGUAGCAGCAAAGGGAAGCCAUUGUACCAUGAUUUGCAUGCAUACAGGGUCUUGUUUGAUCAGGAUGGCAAUCCCAGGUUGUCCUGUUUCGGCCUUGCGAAGAACAAUGUAGAUUGGAGGAAGAACCGCACUAAAUUAGCUUUUCCACCCCCAGAAUAUUUCAAAACAGGUACUAUGGGGGCAACAAGUGCGAUUUACAGUUUUGGUACCAUGUUGCUCGAUCUACUUAGUGGCAAAAACACUCCCCCCGCACAUGCACUUGACCAAAUACGAAGCAAGAAUUUCUCAAUGUUAAUGGAUUCUGCUUUGGAGGGUCAAUUUUUGAGCUCAGAUGCUAUUGAGUUGUUUCGCUUAGCUUCCCGUUGUUUGCAGGAUGAAGCUGGCGAGAGGCCAAAUGCUAAGUCACUUGUUACGAUUCUCAGAUCACUACAGAAAGAAGCAGAGGUUCCGUCACAUGUUCUGCUGGGUAUCAAAGAGGAUGUCUCCACGGCAGAAGCACUUCUUCGAACACCCUUAGGACAAGCUUGUUCGAGAAUGGAUCUCACUACCAUUCAUGAGAUCCUAGAGACGAAUGGAUACAAGGGUGAUGAGGGAAUUGGCACUGAGUUGUCCUUCCAGAUGUGGACUCAUAAAAUGCGGGAGACCUUGAAUUCUAAGACGCGUGGAGAUGCUUGUUUUAAAGCUAAAGAAUUUGCAGUUGCCAUCGAUUGCUAUACACAAUUCAUUGGGGGCGGUUUGAUGGCGUCGCCCACGGUCUACGCGAGACGAUGUUUCUCUUACAUGAUGAAUGACAUGCCAAAAGAAGCUCUUGGCGAUGCCGUGCAAGCCCUGGUGAUUUUCCCCGAUUGGCCGACAGCUUUGUACCUUCAAGCUGUCUGCCUGUUGAGCCUUGGCUUGGAAGCUCAGGCCAACCGGUGUCUUAGAGAUGGUGCAAGUUUAGAAGCCAAAACAAAUAGACAUUGAAAAGCAUAUGUUCUUCGUGUGUUUUAGUUAGUGCUUAUUUUGCGUUUCUUCUUUGUCUGUAAUAGAGUUCACAUCAAUCAAAGUCCCUGUGAACUGAGUCAUCUGACAAAGAUGGUAGGCUUGAUCCCUUU